AUGAGAGAAAAAGCUUCAGCUCGACAAAAAACAUCCGAAAGUUUCCAGUUUCAGCCCAAAGCUGCUGAACUGAGAUCAGCUCCGCAGCUUCAUCCUCCUCCUCAUCCUCCUCCUCCUGUGGCUUACUGGAGAGCCUCUCCAGCCCUGAGCGCCUUCUCCAGCUUUUAUACCCGCGCGCGCAUCGCAGGAGGAGAGUUAGGCGGCCUGCGGCGCCCCCUGCCGGCUGAGUCCAGCCUUCCUCCUAACUGGAUUACUGACUCUCACAAGAGCAGGCAGCUAAAGCUGCCCCACCUUCCCUGGAGACCAGGUUCCUCUAAGGAUGAGGAUAGAACCGGAAGUCGUGCGCAUGGUCGUUCAAUUGUAGAAACGCGGAAGUGGUUCAGAUACAAAGGCUGUGACGGAGUUAGGUUUUACUCUAAAUACCAGUUUUCCUGUGAAGCGGAGAAACCAGAUCCCCUCAAAAUGUCCGUCUACUCUCCGACGACGGUGUCUACUCCCAAAGACUCCUGCUGUUUGGGCACAGAGGUCCUGGGGAAACCUCGCUUCUUCCUGAAAAUCGCUGAAGUGCUCUUCUCCCUGGUGGCCUUUGUCCUGGAGGAGACCGUCACCAGCUGCAGUAGCUGCUCCCCUCUCUACUUCUUUGAGUUUGUGAGCUGCACGGCCUUCCUGUUCACCGCUCUGCUCUUAGUCCUCCUCUCCACUACCCUGCACAAGAGAGUGGGCAUCACCUGCUGGCCCAAAGUGGACUUCCUGUACACUUUGAUCAUUGCUGUGCUCUUCCUCAUCUCCUCCAUCGUGUUUGCAUCCGAUAACGGAGGAACGUCUGUUGAGAAAGCCUCCGUGGCUUUUGGCUUCGUGGCGAUGGUGCUGUUCUGCAUUGACGUGGGCCUCUUCGUGAAGACCAACGGUAACCCGUUUAGGAACAGCCAGGGCUCGCCCACCACGAACGGCGGCCCAGCUCAACCUGAGGUGGAGAAACUGAAUGGCGACGUCCCCGCAGAGUCCAACGGCGCGCAGUAGGCGCCCGCGUCUUCACCUUGUUGAAUGUAGUGAAGCGUGACAUCAGCUGCAGUCGAUCCCGUUUUUUAUUUCAGCCUUUGUUUCAACACCAGAGGGCGCUGUGCUCUAAAACCCUGUAGUUUCUGAGCACAGCGCCGCCGGUGAUGCGUUUAAAAAAAAAAGAAAUCUGAGACAGAAACCUUUUUUUUUUCUUUAUUAAAAUUACAUUAGGAAUCAAAGGACACUAAACCCAUCAAACCACUAAACCUUUUUAAUCCUUCACUGGGAACCAGACGUCUGACUGGUUCUCCUUCUGUCUGCUUUGCUUUUUUUAAUAUAUUAACCGAAAACUGCCUUAAAAUCAUGAUGAUGUUUUAGAAACCUUCUCAGAUCAGCAGGUUGUGCCAUUUUCCUUCUUUUCUUUUAGAAAUAUAUCAAGCAUGUAUUUUCUGUAAAAUGUCUUUUGUAUAUUUGUUCAUUUUCUUCUUAAAUCUAAAGGAUUUUUUUUUUUUUUUUAUGAAU